UCUACCCUGACAUUGUGGUGAGGCCGAAAGUAACCAGCCAUGCCAGCCCUGAGGGGAGCAGUAUCUUCUGUCCUCUCUGGAUGGUUAAGGCUAUACAUGUCUAUCAGCAGAAGACCACCACCGCCAUAAGUGAUGACCCAUCCGGAAAGACCUCCAGCGGUAUGACCGACCAACCGGCCACGUUCUGUAUAAAAGCCACGAUGUGGUCCCUCCUCUCGUGCAGCCGAGGGAGUGAUAAAGCAUCUGAAGUCUUUGAGAGUCCAAAGCAGCAGAAUCACAGGAGCCGGCGCGACACAUCUCACGACUUCCAAGGAGCCCGAGCAUACUGAACUCAAGAUGAUGGGAGAAGAUCCCAACUCAACGAUGACCAUGGUUAUUAACACCAAAGCAUCUCCAAAAAAUGAAUGUGUAGACUUGGAACAGUUUCAGUGGCUCUUUACCUACCAACCCCCGUACAUGUGGUUCAUCUUCGUCUUGGGCUUCAUAGAAAACUUUUUUGUCAUCUCAGUCUUUAUCCUUCACAAGAGUCGCUCCACAGUGGCCGAGAUCUACCUGGGGAAUAUGGCAGCUGCCGAUUUGAUUUUUGUCAGCGGCCUACCAUUCUGGGCUAUAUACAUCACCAACCAUUUCUACUGGCCAUUUGGAGCCUUUAUGUGUGUGGCCGUCAACUCACUGAUCCAAAUCAACCUUUACAGCAGCAUUUAUUUCCUCAUGAUGGUUAGUGUUGACAGAUAUCUGGCUCUGGUGAAGACCAUGUCCGUUGGUCGCUUGAGAAGACCCUGGUGGGCAAAGGUGAACUGUGCAAUCAUCUGGAUUUUCUCAUUUGUGUUAAGCAUGCCCACCAUGGUGUUCCGAAAGGUGAUGUUCAUCGAAGACUUUAAUACCACUGCCUGUAUUACAAAACUACCGUCUCCAGACUGGUACAUUGCCAUAAAUAUCAUCAUGAAUGUUCUUGGCUUCUUGGUGCCGUUGGUCGUCAUCGCCUUCUGUACAUUGCAAAUUAUUUGUGUUUUGAGGAACAACACAAUGCAGCAGUUCAAGGAUGUCAACAAGGAGAAGAAGGCCACUUGGCUGGUCUUGUCCGUGCUCUUGGUCUUCAUAGUGUGCUGGCUUCCCUUCCAUAUUUGCACCUUUAUUGACACAUUGGAACGGUUUGGCGCCUUCCCUACGUGUGUGGUGAGAUCCGUUAAUCAUAUUUUUAACCAGAUCUCAACUUACAUUGGAUUCAGUAACAGCUGUAUCAAUCCGGUCCUGUACAUCAUGGUUGGGAAUAACUUUAGGCAAAAAGCUGUUGAUGUCUACUGUGGGCUUCUACGUAAAGGAGGAUAUAACAGAAGGAAGUCAUCGUUCCCGACAGAUGAAACCACCGUCAACUCAACACAGACUUCACUCCCCAUGGGAUUUAACAAUAAAUAAUCAAUUGCUUGAAUCUCCUAUCGCAACUUUUUGGCUUCAGUGUUUUUAGCCUUAUUUCAUAUUUAUUUGAUUGCCUUGAAGGGAAGCAGUCUACACUGUGUGAAGAUCACAUCUGAGAACAUAUUGUACUUGGAACAUUUGACCAGAGGACCAAUUCAGUUAAAGGAUCCACAAAUGUUCAGGACCCCCUGAGAGUUGAAAAACCAAAAUGACCUGCAAGUGCAGCAGGAGCCUGACCCAGUGGCCCACAGCUCUAAUUUUCCCACGUGGAUUUUGUGUCUUGCUAUGUUUAGUGAUCAUUGCCACUUAAAUCCUUCCUCUGAAGGUUCAGAAGAUGACAUGGUGGGUAUGGAGGUUUCUAAUACAUAGUAACAUAGUACAUAAGGCCGAAAAAAGACAUUUGUCCAUCCAGUUCGGCCUGUUAUCCUGCAAGUUGAUCCAGAGGAAGGCAAAAAAAAAAACAACUGUGAGGUAGAAG